GGUCACGGUGGCCCGGCCCGGUAUCCGGGUAAGAUGGCCGCAGUCGGAGAGUGCUCGCUACCCGCUCUGUGGCGGCCGGUCUCCCUCACUCACGUCGAGUAUCCCGCAGGUGAUUUCUCUGGUCAGCUUUUAGCUUAUUUGAGUCUUGGUCCAAUAUUCAUUAUUGUUGGCUUUGUAACACUCAUCAUAUUCAAGAGAGAGCUUCACACGAUCUCUUUCUUGGGAGGGCUGGCAUUCAACGAGGGAGUGAACUGGUUAAUAAAAAAUGUAAUCCGGGAGCCUCGGCCCUGCGAAGAAGCCCAUUCAACAGUGACCACAAAAUAUGGGAUGCCGUCCAGCCACUCCCAAUUCAUGUGGUUUUUCUCUGUCUAUUCCUUUCUGUUCCUUUAUUUAAGAAUGCACCAAACAAACAAUGCGAGGUUUCUGGAUUUACUAUGGCGACAUGUGCUGUCCAUCUGCCUCGUCACAGUGGCUUUGCUAGUCUCAUAUAGUAGGGUUUAUUUGCUUUACCACACCUGGAGCCAAGUCCUAUAUGGAGGUGUGGCAGGAAGCAUUAUGGCCAUAGCCUGGUUUGCCUUCACACAAGAGAUAUUAACUCCUCUCUUCCCAAGGAUAGCUGCAUGGCCAAUUUCAGAGUUCUUUUUAAUCCGAGAUACCAGCCUCAUUCCUAACAUCCUGUGGUUUGAAUACACAGUCACCAGAGCAGAGGCAAGAAACAGACAGCGCAAGCUGGGUACGAAGCUGCAGUGACUGGGGAACCAUAGGGACCAGAGUGCACGUUUUAACGGAGACGGACAAGAGCAGAGACCUGGGAGCAGCGAGGAGCCUUUUAACAGACGGACCAAAGGAACAGGCAGGGACCAUACCCAAAACCUGAAAGCCUUUGCUCUGCUUUAGCAGCUAGCUGGAUGCUCCCUGGUGCAUGUGGGACUGUGCAGGAGUAGAAACUCAUUUUCAACAGAGAUGCACAUUGCCGGUUGGAAUGUACCAUCAUGUCUACGUCAGGGGAGGGGGGAGAAAAUGCCUGGUGUCACGUUCGGGGGAGGGAAAACCAAAAAUGAAUCCUUUCUGUGACUUUUUUUUUUCAGCAUGAAAUAUACACACUAUUUAUUUAUUUUUUUAAAUUGAACUAUUGUUUUUGGGGUGGGUGAGGCAUUGAUCAUGUGUUUUGGUUUUGCUUUUUGUUCGGGUUUUUCAUUUUGGAAGAAGAUGACAAAACUCAUCUCAAGUUGAUCCUGCUUAAUUAGGGCCUUUAACUUCUAGAAAAUUCCUAGGAGGGAGGAGAACUAGGAUGGGGGUGACUUGCGCAGAAGGGAGAGGAAGGCUUUCUUUCCUUUCUGCAACCGCUUUGGGAGAUCAAAACCAAUUCCAACUGCACUUUGUACAGAUGGAAAGAAAGACUAAAGAUCUGAUUUUUAACACUAGUGACGGUUCUGCAGGCAAGCCUGCAUGGAUACCAUCAAGGGGAGUGUGCGUGUGUAAAAAAAGGAAAAACUGAAAUAUACUGACUUUUUUCUUUUUUUUUCUUUUUUUUUUCCCCACUGCUGCUCCUGUUGUGUAAUUAGCAAGAGCGUCUUUCUCAAUCUCUUCUAGGUGGCAAGACUAUCAUUCAUAUCUCACGUUUAUUUCAUCUCUUCCUUUAUACUUAUAUUACCUCAGGGUUGCUGUGAUCUGAACGGCUUUCGUUGUUGUACUGAGUGUGCUACUGAUGGCACUAGAAAGCCCAUUGGUUAUAAGCAGUGCUGUGCUCCAGUAAGAGUCAGCCCAAAGCCUUACAAAAUUCAGUUGCUAGUCUCUGUCUUAGGUACUGGAUUUUUAAUUUUUUUUCUGUUAAAACUUAAGGGAGGGAUUUUUAAGAAUGAACAAAGUGACAACUGUAAAUGAAUAACAAGGCAAAUAACUAAUAACUAGCUCAGCUGCUGUCUGAAUUAUUUCUUGAAGAGUCCUGUUAGAAUCCAACCAUGAACUCAAGUAGUGAGCUUAUCCUAGCAGAGACUCCUACCAGUUAUAACAGUGGCUUGGUUGGGGUUCUGCAGUAGUAACCUUGAAUGCUGAUCUCCUCCAAGCAAGUUUUGCUUUCCAUCCUUCUUCCAAUCAGAUUUGUCUUUCGGCCAGUCAGCUCUCUGGAUGCUGUGUCUCUGUGGGAGUGUGCCUGCCAUCUGUGUGUGCUGGUGAUGCCUACAACUUCUGUGAUCCAUGAGUUAACCUGGCAAGGGCUAUACUCAAAGUGCUUCAGGGCUGUGCAUGGACACUUUUUGUAUUUCUAGUAUAAAAUGCAGCAGUUCAAGUGUAACUGCAGGGGAGUAUUUAUUCAAAGCACAAUUGACUUGAACUUUCACAGAUAAAGGACAGCUUCUGAACUGGCUCAAAGGUCAUCGGUGUGCCUUCAAUGCAGUCAUGUGAGCAGAGGUAAAAUGACUGUCACAUCUCAGUCUUGCUGCUUGUUUUACUAUCUCCACUUUAAUCAGACUCCUGCAUUAUAAAGCUGCUUGAAGUGA